UGAUGAUAUGGUAUCUGGUAUGGUAAGAAAAGUGCAAUAUAAAUUCAGUUGCCAAUAUUGCAUGCAAAAGUACACGUUUUUUGUUAGUUUUCUGCAGCUGCGUAUGUUCCUCCACUACAUUAUAAUAUGGCUUUGUAAGUUUCAACUGAUAUGCUCAUACUGAACAAAAAUCCUGCAAAACAAACUCAACCUCUGCCGUUAGAUAUUUUCUCAUUAAACAAAUCUGCCAUAGUCCAGGUUGAUGUCUGAUAUGGAUAAUUAUGACAUUAAUAAAUUAAUUCAAUGAUCAGGCAAGAAUGCAGUAAAACUGUCGUAUGUGGGCGAUGAAAAUAUGUUCAGGUGAAAACAGCUGAAUAUGUUACGUAUCAUUUCUUUAGAACAGAAAUGUGGUAACUGUUCCUCCCCCGGUGGUGUCUUGGGACGAGCUCUCUUUUUCAUACAUACUUUUUUCACGGCGGACAAAGAUCUCGCGCACGGCUUUCCAUUACGCUGCAUUUGUUUGAUGUGCGGGUGACGAUGGGACGCGCUCUUUCAUGCACCAAAUGGUCCCUGACUGGAUGAAAUCUGCUAACUUCUCCAAUCGAAUGCUUGCAGGCCCUGGUGAAGCAGUGUGAUGGGCUUCAUUCCCCUGUGUCUGCUCCUCUGUGCCCUGUGCAUUCCUGUCCACAGUAGGCACAGUGACCGAGAUGAUGGUAAAGCCUAUGGCUGGUCGGUGCAGAGGGUCCCACUGAUUCUGGAAAGGCAAACCGUGCACCUGCUGACCCCUGCGUUUGGGGGGAAGGAUGAGGGAGCAGGCGGGAACGAGGAAGGCUUGUGUGGGAUAGAUUGUCGGAAGACCUCCCCGCCUCCCGACCAGGCCGCCCUGGAAAACAUUCUGGGCUACGAGACACUGUACGAAAACGGGACACGCACGAGCACCAACAUCGCCCUGCAAGACCUGAAUGAGACAGUCUCACACACGCCCUCGCACACACGCAGAAAACGGCAGGUGUACGGCGUGGAUGGCCGCUUCGUCAUCUCUGACAGCCACUUCACCACGCGCUACCCGUUCUCCGCGGCGGUCCGGCUGAACACGGGCUGCUCCGGGGUGCUAGUGUCUGAAAGGCACAUCCUGACGGCGGCCCACUGUGUCCACGACGGGAAAGACUACCUGGAGGGGCUCCGUAGGCUCAAAGUGGGGUUCCUCCAGAUGAAAUCCAAACGAGGUAGGGGGGGUGGCAGGGGCAGGGGGGGAAGGAGAGGAGGAAAAGGGGGGAGGAGAGCAGGGAGGAGAAGAGGAGAUGGGGAUAAUAUUGUAGAGGGGGCAGGAGAGGAAGAGGUCGGAGGACAAGAGGAGUGGGGGAAUGGUCUGGAUGGAGAUCCAAGACCGGAGCAGGGACAGAGAGCGGAGGGGCGGAGAGGGGAGCGGGGAAAGGGGGAGAUCCAGAAUGGGAUUGACGAGGAAACUGGGGCAGAAGGAGUUGAAGGAGAAAACACGGAGAAAGCGAGGAGAGGAGGGAGACGUAGGCAGAGAAAGAGAGGCAGUUUAAGCCGCAAACCACGGAGCACUGAAGCCAAAAAACAGCCAUCCUUCCGCUGGACGGGGGUCAAACAAACACACAUCCCCAAGGGCUGGAUAUUCACAGGAGACAGGGCUGUAGCCCCUGACUACGACUACGCCCUCCUGGAGCUCAAACGACCAAUCAAACAGAAGCACAUGGAGCUCGGGGUGGCGCCCACUGCAAAGCCCCUUGCCUUGGGUCUCAUCCACUUCUCAGGGUUCGACAAUGAGCCGGUGGGAGGGCAGGCGGAGGGGGAGGGAGACAAGGUGGUCUAUCGCUUCUGUUCGGUGGCCGAGGAGUCCAGCGACCUGCUGUAUCAACACUGCGACGCCCAGCAGGGGGCGUCUGGCGCCGGUGUGUACAUUCGCCUCAGACAGGAAGGGGAGGGGCCCAACAAGGGGAAGUGGCAGCGGAAGGUAAUCGCCGUGUUUUCAGGACACCGCUGGGUGGAGAGGAAAGAAGGUGAACAAGGGGACUAUAAUGUGGCAGUGAGGAUCACUCCACCUAAGUACGCUCAGAUCUGCCACUGGAUCCAUGGGGAUCCCAGCAAGUGUAGGGAGGCCUGAGGCAACGGCGAUCCAGUGAAUCUAAUAGAGAUCUGCUGGAUCUAAUAGGGGCGAUCCAGUGAAUCUAAUAGAGAUCUGCUGGAUCUAAUAGGGAUCUACUGGUUCAAAUGGAAGUCUACUGGAUCUAAUGGCAAUCUGUCACUUUCACAGCAUCCAAAAACCAACUGAGAUCAGUUGGAAGAAUCUGAUGUAACAAGUAGAUCUUUAUCCAGAAUCAUUAUCCAGAAUUUGUUUUGUCUUUUUGGCCUUUAAAAGUUUUGUUUCCACAACAUGCCUGUUGUGCUCAUAAUGUGGUGCUACAUGAGUUCUAUUUCACCUGAUCAAUACAUUUUAGUGUUCUUCCAUCUCUACAUGAAGAACAACUUUGCUAUCCGGCUAAUGAUAACUUUAGGUGCAAGUAAGUAUUGAAAACGUUUUCAGAAUAUUAUCUUCAGGGUCUACUAAAUGUAAAUGUGUUUUUUGUCCAGUACGUCCUAAACAUACAUUGUGUUUUCUAAAACUGUUAUCAACCGAGUUGAUCAAAUGAAUGUUGUAAUGAAUAACAUUUCCUUAUAUUAAAAACUACCAUUGAUUAC